AUGGCGUCUCUGUUCAUGCUAUCAAACGCAUUAAGGCGUCAGGCUGGUCGUGGGCUGAAGAGAAAGUUUACCCGCUCUUUUGCCUCUGAAACAUCUUUUCCUCAGCAAAUAACACGUUCUACGGUACUUCCAAAUGGCUUGACGGUUGCGACUGAAGCUAAUGCGUUUGCACAGACAGCAACUGUGGGGGUAUGGAUUAGCGCCGGAAGUAGAGCUGAAAACGCAAAUAAUAACGGAGCUGCUCAUUUUUUGGAGCAUAUGGCAUUUAAGGGAACGAAAUCUCGUUCUCAGCAUCAAUUGGAACUUUUUAUUGAAAAUAUUGGAGCACAUUUGAAUGCUUACACUUCUCGUGAGCAAACAGUAUAUUAUGCUAAAACUUUUAAAAAUGAUGCUAAGGUAGCUGUUGAAAUCUUAUCUGAUAUCUUGCAAAAUUCUACAUUGGAAGACCAUGCUAUUGAACGUGAACGUGAAGUCAUUUUAAGGGAACAGGAAGAAGUGAAUAAAUUACUCGAUGAAGUUGUUUUUGACCAUUUGCAUGCCACCGCAUUCCAAGGUCAUUCAUUGGGUCGUACUAUUCUUGGACCAAAGGAAAAUAUCCUUUCUCUUAGUCGUAAAGAUCUUGCAGAUUAUAUUAGUAAAAAUUAUACAGCAGAUCGCAUGGUAUUGGUGGGAACCGGUGGUAUUGAUCAUGAAGAACUUGUAAAGCUAGCCGAAAAACAUUUUUCUUCUUUACCAGUUUCGUCAAAUCCUUUGUCACUCGGUAGUACUCAUGGUGUAAGACCUCCAUUUACUGGAUCAGAAGUUAGAGUAAGAAAUGAUGAAUUACCUCAAGCUCAUAUAACUCUCGCAGUUGAAAGUGUUGGAUGGACUUCACCGGAUUAUUAUCCUAUGUUAGUUGCACAAGCUGUAAUUGGAACUUGGGAUAGGUCUCUUGGUUCCGCUCGACAUUCAUCUUCUCGUCUUUCUCAUAUUAUUCAUCAAAAUCAACUUGCAAAUUCUUUCCAAGCUUUUAACACAAGUUAUAGUGAUACUGGAUUAUUUGGCAUUUAUCUUAUAACAGAAAAUAAAGAUAAUUUAGAUGAUUUGGUACAUUUUACUUGCAAAGAACUUUGGAGAUUGCACACAUCGGUCACGGAAUCUGAAGUUGAGCGAGCAAAACAACAGCUCAAAGCUUCGCUUUUAUUGAAUCUUGAUGGCACAACAGCAAUUGCUGAAGAUGUUGGACGUCAAUUAAUAACAACAGGCAAAAGACGUAGUCCUCAAGAGGUUGAAGCUAUCGUAUCUAAGGUUACUGUUGAUGAUGUACGUAGAGUAGCCGGAGAAUAUUUAUGGGAUCAAGAUGUUGCUGUUGUUGGAAUCGGUCCAGGUUCUCAAACAAGCAAACCUAUUACAGCUAUAGCUUCAUUAAAUGAAAAUACUUUUGUUGCAUGCGGAAAAGAGCUAAUUGUUUACCAUCGUGGUAAAGAGGUUAAUAGAUAUAUUGGAAACAUAAAUGGACAUAUUUUUAUACUCGCAAUUUUUAGUAAUUAUGUUAUUGCUUUAAGCGAUGAUAACUUACUUACUUUUUGGGAUCAUGUUUCUGGAGAGCUUUGUGGUGAAAUCCAAUUUGAUGAGAAUUUCACUUUAUCAACGAUCGUUCAUCCGAGCACUUAUUUAAAUAAAAUAUUACUUGGCAGUAAACAGGGAAUAAUGCAGAUUUGGAAUAUUCGUACAAAGAAAGUGAAAUAUUCAUUUCCUUCAUUUGGAUCCGCAAUUACUUUCCUUACACAAUCUCCUGUUGUGGAUGUUAUUGCUAUUGGUUUACUUAAUGGAACAAUAAUUUUGUACAAUAUUAAAUUAGAUGAACGUAUAAUAUCUUUGAAGCAAGAAGGAAGUGUAACUUCAAUUUCGUUCAGAACAGAUGAUAAGCACGUUAUGGUUUCUGCUAAUAUGCAUGGUGACAUAACUCUAUGGGAUCUUGAUAAUCAGAAAUUAUAUGAUGAAUGGAUUUUUGAGGGUCAAAAUGGGUUUGAACAUCGUAUUCUAAAAUCAAGAAGUGGGCAUCAUUCACCGCCAACAAAGAUUGAAUAUUAUGGAUCUUCCGGACAUUUCAUUCUUAGUGCAGCAGGAGAUAGAUCACUUAGAAUAUUUUCAAUAAUUCGCGAUUCCCAGAGUGUAGAAUUAUCACAAGGAUCCAUUAUAAAACAAUCCAAACGUUCUAGAAAACACGUUGAUGAACUCAAAUUUCCGCAGAUUAUAAACUUCUCAUCAUCUGAAUCUAAACAAAAAGAAUGGGAUAAUAUCCUUACAUGUCAUAUUAAUGAUUCGAGAGCUCGAACUUGGUCAUUUCAGAGAAGAGCACUAGGGCAACAUGUUUUUAAAACUCUUGAUGGGUCAUCGAUUAAGGCAACAAAUAUAAGUGCAUGCGGAAAUUUUGGAUUCAUUGGAACAUCAUCUGGUGUAAUUGAAAUGUUUAAUAUGCAAUCUGGGUUACAUAGAAAAACUUUUGCUGGGAAUGAUGCCUUUCAUAAUAAUAAAGGACAUAAAAAGUUGAUAUCUGGAUUAGCAAGUGAUUCACUUAAUCGUAAAUUAAUUAGCAGUUCUCUUGAUGGCACUGUUAAGAUAUGGGAUUUCAAUAAAGCGAAAGUUUUGCAUACUAUUGAUAUCAUGUCACCUAUAACCACCAUGCUAUUUCAUUGUAAUAAUGAUUUAUUAGCGAUAAUUAAUGAUGAUUUAUGUGUACGCGUUAUUGACGUGGAAACUUGUAAAAUUGUAAGAGAAUUUUGGGGACAUCGGAAUAGGAUUACUGAUUUGACAUUUAGUCCUGAUGGAAGAUGGAUUGUAUCUACAUCUCUUGAUGCUACGAUUCGUACUUGGGAUCUUCCAACAGGUCAUUUAAUUGAUAUUUUUCGAGUUGAUGAUAUCGCCACAAGUGUUACAUUUUCCCCAACUGGUGAUUUUUUGGCCACUUCACAUGUUGAUAAUGUUGGAAUGUUCUUAUGGGCAAAUCGUACCCAAUUCUCUAACAUUUCUUUACGAAAUAUUUCCGAAGAUGAUGAAAUAUCUACAAUAACACUUCCAACCACUACCGGUUUGGAAAGUGAUAACGAAGAUUAUUUGAAUGAAGUAGAUGGUGAUAAGAAAGAUGACAAGUCGUUUGAAACCGUGGAACAACUCACUGAACAAAUGAUAACAUUAUCAUUACUACCAAAGUCCAAGUGGCAGAACUUGCUAAACUUGGAGACUAUUAAGAAAAGAAAUAAACCUAAGGAACCUCCUAAAUCAGAUAAGAAAGCGCCCUUUUUCUUACCCACUUUACCUGGUGUUAAACCUAAAUUUGUACCAUUAAAUGAUUUAAAUGAGUCUAAAGACAAGAAAAAAUCUGGAAACGUUAUACAAAUGUCUGAUAUUAAAAUGGAAACCGAAUUUUUGAAAAUGUUAAAAAAGAAUCAUGAAGAAGAAAAUUAUACAGAAUUUUUUAAUUUUGUAAAAACCUUAAAUCCUUCAGCAAUUGAUUUUGAAUUAAGAUCAUUAAGUCUCGAAAAUAAUUUAAUAGAAUUAAAUUAUUUUUUAGAAGCAAUAGAAUUUAAACUCAAAACGAAAAAAGAUUUUGAAUUAGCACAAGCUUAUUUAAACCAUUUUCUAAAAAUUUAUGGUGAUAUUAUUUUAUCAAAUAAUCAUAAUGAACAACUUUCGAAUCAUUUAAUUACUAUAUUAAAUGAACAUAAAAAAGAAUGGAACAGGAUAGAAGAAUUAUUACAUUAUAAUCUCUGUGUUUUAGGAUUUUUUAGAAAGUAA